UCCUCUAGAUGGCGCAAGUUUCUUGUCGUUAGUCUAUAAACGGCAGAUUGUCACCGGAAAUUCUUCUAAAGAAAUCCAUCGGUGAACAGGACGACUUCCUGUGGGGAAAAUGGGGCGUCAUUUUGGAGACUUGGCCAAAAUCCGGCAUGUGAUCACCUACAGUCUGUCCCCCUUUGAGCAGCGGGCUUUUCCCAAUUACUUCUCCAAGGGUCUGCCUAAUGUUUGGAGAAGGUUCACAACUUCAUUCUUCAAAGUUGCCCCUCCCAUGAUCGCCAUGUAUUUGACCUACAGCUGGGGAAACAGCGUUCAUGAGCAGGGCAAGAAGAAGAAUCCUGCUGACUAUGAGAGACAAGAAUGAAUAUUUGGCACCUCUCCAAGCUUCUGUAAUUUCAAAUUCUGUGAUCAUUAAACCUGAAAAAAUAUGUAUGUGAAA